ACUCUCCCCCCACCCCACCCCAGGGGGUCGGAUGCCUGGGGUCCCGAGAGAGCAGGUCCCCUAACCCAAACGAUGGGCUCCCCAGGGGGUCCUUAAGCCUGGCACUCAGAAGGAGCUAGCACAUGAGUACCUCAUAUCCCCCAAUACUUCAGGCAUCCGAACCCUGCAUGUCUCCUGCCCCUCCUCAGGGUGGGAGGCCGCCCUGUCUUCCACCAUCCCUAAGAUUCCCUGGCCUGUCUGCUAUGGGUAGAGGAGAGGGGCCGGAGGUGGGGCGCUCUCCAUAUACCCAGUCAGGGCGGCACUGCCCCUUCAGACACCAGGUCCUGCCUGAGGCUUGGCUGGGGGCUCUGAGAGCAAAGCAGUUUAUGGGGACAGAGGAGAGGGCUGCUGGAGGGUCCCUGGCCCUCUGGCGGGGCCGAUCCAGGAUGUUUCUUCUCAGGAGACUAUUUGUAUCUGGGUUGGAAGGGACUGGAGCAGGCCUCUUACUUGUCUCCACAUACUCUAACCCUAUAGGAAAUGCCAGCUCAGCCCGGAGGGGCCCCCUGGCUUCACUGCACCCCCUACUUCCCCAAGCCAGCUGCCCAGGCCGGGAUGUGGAUGGGAACUGUCAACAGACACUCUUUAAAUAUUUACCCACAGUUUCUCUAGGGGGUUCCUCCCCCAUCUCCAAGACUAGGGAAAUUCAAGGUAAUUCUAACGGAUAAAAGAACCCUAGUCCAUCAGGACCCUUUUCUGGCCAUAAGCAUGUACAGUUAUGUGGCGCUUAACACAGACAGAGAAAAGGGAGAAAAGGGAGAAGAGGGAGAGCUGUGGAUAUGUGUGCUGUGUGCAUACGAAUGAGGAAGAGGAACAAGAACGAUUUUUCCGGUCUUCCCCUUCCAAGGCUGUGCGGGGAUGUCACACACAGGGCAAUACUGGGGCACACUCAGGAUACACACAUCCUGUAUGUGCCACCUUCCACCCUGAGACACAUCGAGUGCAUGCUCCCUAAACUAUCAUGCAUGCCUAGAAGCGCCCCUGUCACCUCGCAGACCCCGUGCACUCAGGCACACAGGAAAAUAAGACCUGACAGACACACAGGCAUCUUUAGCUUUUUGCAUCAUGAAAAAAUUUGCUACCUAUUUUCUUUCCACAUCCUGGGGUUUCCAGGUUGGAUGAGGAAGGAGGCUGUUAGGAAUCCAGGUCUCUGCCUUCCCCAUCUGGAGCCCAGCUCUGGGGAUGGAUAAGGAAUGGCAGUGCAGGAAAGGACGGUGUAGAAUGACCCCUCCCCCAGUCCUUCUAUUAUCUAAAUAAUUGCUGGGAAGAUGGCCACUCUCAGCCCAAUUCCCAAAGGAGAUUCCCUGGUGCCCCAGCAAAGGACACUUCCAGGAUCCCUUGAAUUUGGAGGAACCCACCUCCACCUGAAUUAGGGACUGCCCAAACUCUGCAACAUCUGGGAACUCUGGCCCUGGAGCAGCAGGAGGGGAGGGUCAGAGGAGGGCUGUGCCAGGGCUGCAGGCCUCCCUAGGGUCCAGGACAGUGUGGGGCAUGACAGGGGUCUCCUUCACUACCAGAGCCAGCUCUAGCCUUGGUCCCAGCCCUGCGGUCUCUGAGCCUACUCUGCUCAGAGUACCAAGCUGAAGGAGAUGGGCUCUGGGUUCCCAGCAUCUGGGUCAUUGGGGACUGUCAUAAAUAUUUUCCCUUCUCCGCCUGGAAAGAGGAGGCUCCGCAGGCCAGAUCCGCUCUGGGGCCUGCGCCUUAUCUUUUAGAGGGUGGGGGGAUAUCUCGACAUUUUAUGGUCCAGCGAAAACCCUGCCACAGAGCUAUUCUUCCAGGCCUUUGUGUCUUGGAAUGCAACUGUCCCGAGUGUGCCGCCACCACCGUCUGCUCUGAGAGCCCACCAGUCCUGAACCCCCUGGCUGGACUCGAUUUCCCCUUUUGGGGGGGGGGUCCCUCGCCUUUUCUUUUUUCAUUUGAUUGUCUUUUUUUUUUCUUUUUUCUUUCUUUCUUUUUUUUUUUUUUUUUUUCUUUUACACGUAUCUGCUUGAUUUCGCUCCCGGAGCUCGGAUAUAAAGGAACCGCAAGCAGCCAUCCUCGCUGGGGCGUCUCUGCCCCUCGCCCCGAGGCCUGCUCCGCCCUCCUAGCGAUUAUUUUCGACGCCCGCCCUCCUGAGCCUCUCGAGCCGGCUGCCAGAGCUAGGGCCCAUCUCCCGCCGCCACUCGCGAUUUAUUUACACCUCGCAGGCGCAUUUCUGGGCUCAGAACACCUCCGCUCACGCAGAUGCACGCUCCGAGGCUCCCGCGACCUCCUGCCCGCGGCGCACACCCUAAACUCCUCGCUCCUCUUACCCUGCCGCUGGUUCCGCACUGCCUAUUCCGCCGCCGCCUGCAGGACUUUGGGGUGGGACUGUGACUUCUCCCGACUGUUUGCCCCCUGGUUUGUAGCCCAUCCCUCUCUCUGUCUCUCACGCGCGCUCUUUCUCCACCUCUCCCUCCCAGCCAGUGAGGUCCCGUUCUCCGUGGGCCAUAGACAAAACAUUCCUAUAAUCCGAUUUCAAAGGAAAGAGUGUCCACCUUAUUUAAACCAUAAAACAAUUAAGCCCAGACGUCUAGCCAGCUCCGCGCUGCUGUUUUGUUCGGCCCCAUUCAGAAUCCAGCGCAGGGAGACAAACAGCGCCAUAAAAGUGGCAUUUCGGGGCUUCGGAAAUGUACCUAUCCGCUGCCUUCCCAAGUGGAACAACCUUUAGGGUUUUGUGAUUCUGACAAAGGAGCAGAGGAGAGGUGGGAGGGGAAGAUUAGGGCAGGAGGGCGUUUGCCAGCCCCUCUAUCCCCCAGCUUUCGUUUCUUUCCCUAGAUGUGGGUUUGCGUUGUGUUGUGGUUUAAAUUCACGAAUUGUAAUAAAUAAAAAUUGAAUCGAAUCCUGA